AGUUAUUCUGGUAACAUUUUCCAGGUGUCUUUUCCACAAGAUUUUCUAGCUACAUAAUUUAAAGUUUCGAUGCAGGUAACGUAUUCUCCGUUGAGUUUGCCAGAUCGUUGAAAGACAGAGAAGCAGUGGGAAUGGAAGAAGGAGAAACAGAAUGACGGAGCAAGGUAUAAAAAUUCUCGGAAUGUAGUUACUUUCAUUUAUGGCCUAAUCCUUUGGAUUCGUUCACAGUGUUAACCGAGGUUGCACCGUUAGUCGAGUGUGUCGUGCGGAUUGCGUCGCAUUAAGCUUGUUUUCUCAUUAAAUUUUUUCAUUUCCGUGUAAAUACUCUGCCUUAAUUAGAUUAUUGCAAUUAAAUAAAAUGCACUGUAAAUACACUGACUUCAAUUACUGUUGAUUGUUGUAAUUAAAUAAAAUACACAUUUCCAUCUUACUUGAAAAAUUUUAGAAAUAUAAUCAACAAAAUAUGACAUAAAUGUACUUGACAUAUAUAUGACAUAAAUGUAAAUUUGUACUUAGGUGGGCAGUGAAUCACAGUGUUUGAUUUUCACUUGUAAAUUCAUGUUUAUGAGAUUUGAGAAUUAAUUUUAUUUACGGCAUGGAAAUACAGAAAAUUGUUAGCGGUAUAAAUGAGGAUUUGAAAAUAAUCACUUGGUUUUCGUAAAUGUCGAAUAAUGGCGACAGUACUAUUGCAACUAACAAAAAAUACUAAAGCAUCUCAGCGUUUUCUUAUUCCGAGUGUUUGCGUUUAAUAUGUAAAGGUUGGUAAUUACUGUAGCGCUCCUAGCGAACAAAUAAAGGACUUAUGUCUCCGUGUUACCGCCAAAACGUGUUGUGUUUGCACCUUCCCCCGUAAUAACGGAAGUUAUAAUAAAAUUUAAUCCAAGAGAUUGCGGAUUUUUCAUAAAAAUCUUAUUCAUAAACUUAUUCAUAAGUACAAAGAUGUUUAUCUUUGAGAAAUUUAAAAUAAGUUAUAUAAUAAGCAGUUCAAUUCAUUUCUGUAGUGCACUUCUUCAGGCAGAAGAAAUUGCUUGUAUACAGGAUAAAUGCAAGAGCAGAAGAAAAGAAGAAAUAAUUGAUUUAUCAGGAAUAAUAUUUCCAAGUUUUAUUAUAAAAUAAAACAAAAUGAAAGUAGGACUCUUAAAAAACUUUUUACACUAUUUUAACUUGAAGCAAGGCACAGUGCUAAUAGCUGUGUUUCAGCUGUUUACGUCAGGCUUCAGUAUGAUAUUUUUUGUGCUGGCAUUGGUACACGCUAUGGGAAUACAAGAAAUGGUGGUGAGGGAUACAGAGGAUGCUUUAGAGAGGGAAGCCUUAGAAGAUAUUUCAUCUAAUCAUCUUAAUACUAGGAAAAUGGAUAUGGCUCAUCAUAAUGCAACUGAAACGGUUUACUCAAUGUAUUGUGGGUUGGUGAUCACAGUGAUACAUUUUAUUUCCACUAUUUUGCUUCUGUACGGUGCGCUAACGAAUAAUCGUCACUUUAUGGCGCCUUGGAUGAUGGUCAUGAUGACCAUAAUAUCAGCAUUGACAAUUUCCUUGUUUUUGGUGGAACAAGACUGCCCUUUUAUCGCCACGCUAGGCGGCAAAGCAGAUAUCUGUGAACGUUUAAUCGUUCUGUUUCUGGUAAUUACCAGUUCUUACGUGUGGUUUGUGGUGUACAGCACUUACAAAAGUCUCGAAACAAAGAAAGGUUUAACUCAUAUUCUCCACGGAGUAAAGAAAAAGCCUGUAGUUCCGGUGGUACAAAAAUCGAAAGCCGUUCCGGCACACGCGAACAAACCAUAUGAGGUUUAAAGAUAUUACAAAACGAUGUAGAAGUAG